UCUGAAGGGACUGAGCCAGUUCAGGCCAGCCUGCUUCUCCUUUCUCUCCCUCUCUCCUUUUCUCUUCCCUCUCACUCUCCCUUCCUGUCCUGUCUCGGGAGCAAAAGAUUUGGGGAAAUUCCUUCAAGCUACUUUAUUCCAGGUUUCGGUUGGAUUUAAACAUGCACACGGAGGUGUUUGUGCAGACAGUGCUUGUCCCGUCGUUCCUGAUCCUGCUCUCUGCCGUUGAGGACACUUUGUUGCAGUCUGUUAGCCAGGUGGGUCAGGUGUGCAGGCUGUCCCAAGAGUCAUCGCUGCGCCGCUGCAGGACCCCUGAUGGCAAAAUAUGCAGCGGCAGGGGCAAAUGUGACUGUGGGGUCUGCAUCUGUGCAGCCUCAGAUCCAGGGAAGUUCUUUGGUCCUCGCUGCGAAUGCCAUAACUGGGUCUGCGCCACACAUAAUGGGCAAGUUUGCAAUGACCGUGGCUACUGUGACUGUGGGAUGUGUGAGUGUGACGAAGGCUGGUUCGGAGAAGCUUGCCAGUUUCAGGAGGAGUGUAGCCUAUCAAGCAAGAAGAGCACAGAGCUGUGCAAGAACCAACAGGGGGUUGUUUGCUCCAACAGAGGGACCUGUCACUGUGGGAGCUGCCUGUGUGACAAUAAUGACGACAAGGGCUUUGUGACGGGACGCUUUUGUGAAUGUGAUGACAGUGAAUGUCUGGAUGAGGACACAGGAGAGGUUUGUGGAGGCCACGGCCAGUGUUACUGUGGAAACUGUUACUGUGCUGCUGGUUGGCAUGGAGACAAAUGUGAUUACCAGUGUGACAUCAGCCCAUGGGAGAGCAAGCGGAAAUGCACAUCGCCAGACGGCAAAAUCUGCAGCAACAGAGGGACCUGUGUGUGUGGGGAAUGUACCUGCUACGAUGUAGAUCCAUCUGGUGACUGGGGGGACAUUCAUGGAGACACCUGUGAGUGCGAUGAGAGGAACUGCCAUGCAAUGUACGACCGAUACACUGAUUACUUCUGCUCAGGUCAUGGUCAGUGUAACUGUGGUGUGUGUGACUGCGUGACAGGAUGGACAGGGAAGAAGUGUGAGCACCCUCUUAGUUGCUCGCUGUCUUUGGAGAGCAGUCUGAAGAAAUGCAGAGGAAGAUCCAACCUGCCCUGCAAUGGACGAGGUCAGUGUCUUUGUGGACAGUGUAUCUGCCACCCACCUGGGGACAGUCGCAUUCAUGGCAAAAACUGUGAGUGUGAUGACCGUCAGUGUGAGGACAUGGAGGGACAGAUCUGUGGAGGUCAUGGUUACUGUUCUUGUGGACGGUGCAUCUGCGAGAAUGGCUGGUUUGGGAAGCUGUGCCAGUUUCCCAGGUCUUGUGACAUGAGUGACGCCCAGAGUAAGGAGCUUUGUGAGACAGAUGAUGGAGCAGUUUGCAGUGGGAAAGGCUCCUGUCACUGUGGCCAGUGCAUUUGCUCUCCCCAGGAGUGGUGGGUGUCAGGAGAGCACUGUGAGUGUGACGACCGAGAGUGUGACAAACAUGAUGGUCUCAUCUGCACAGGGAACGGUAUUUGCAGUUGCGGCAGCUGUGAGUGCUGGGAAGGGUGGACAGGGAACGCCUGUGAGAUCUGGGUGGGAGACGAGUACUGAGCAGGAAAUCCCCCUGGAGUUAAAAACUAGCGCUUCCCAACGUCCCAACACGCCAGGAGGAGCACCAUCAGUGAGCACCGGACAGCACAGCGAGAAGAAAUUGAACAAAGAUGUAAAUCUGCCUACCACUAAUAUAAUAUACUAAUAUUGCUCAUUAUUUUAUUGUACUGGUUACAAAAUAUGCUUGUUAAAACUAUAUAUUGUUGUUUUAAAAAAAAAAAAAGCCAACAUAUUAAAAUUGUCAGCACUGCU